GAAGAAAAGAAUGAGAAUACUUUUCAGGAGAGGAAAGAAGCAAGGAUUGUUUUUCCAAUGUUGGUUUCAUAAGAAGACUGUUGAGGUCAUUACCAGCACAGUCUCAUUUGCAUUCGAGGACACUCCGAAGCCUUCUCCAUGUCCUUUCAUACAGAUGGCCUGAGGAUUGUAGGGGAGGUGGCUGUGAAAACCAUCUUUCAGCUGCAGAUGAUAGCUGGGGCCCAGGCCAAUGUCAUUCUUUUCUUCUGCAACAUCUCUCCAGUCUUACUGGGACACAAGCAGAGACCCACACACGUGAUUCUGACCCACAUGGCCGUGUCCAAUCUCUUGGUUCUUCUCUCCUCGAGAAUUCCCUACACAAUGGCAGCCUUUGUUUUGAGGAACCCCCUUUCCAGUCUUGGGUGUAAAUCUGUAUAUUAUAUACACAGAGUGGCUCGAAGCACCACCCUUUGCUCCACCUGUGUCCUGAGCACCUAUCAGUUCUUCACUCUCAACCCCAGGAGAGUGGAGUGGACGAUGCUCAGAGGAAGAGCCCCCAAGCUCAUUGGUCCUUCCUGUUGUACCUGCUGGAUUUUCAGUGUCUUAUUGAAUGUCUAUAUUCCUGUGACAGUCACUGGUCCACUGGACAUGAAAAAUGAUACUGACACUCAAGGAAAGUGGUUUUGUUCAUCUUCAGGUCACCACACAAACCUUGUCAUCCUGUGGUCCAUCUCGGAUGUCAUGUUUAUUAGUCUCCUGAUCUGGUCCAGUGGCUCCAUGAUGCUUCUCCUGCACAGGCACCAGCUGAAAAUGCAGUGUAUUCACAUCCCCACUGGGUACCACAGAUGCCCCCCAGAGAUUAGAGCCACCCACACCAUCCUGAUGAUCGUGGUCUCCUUUGUCAUCUCCUAUGUGCUGAAUUCCAUUUUUACUCUUUAUAUCCUUGUCCAUUUAAAUUACAAACUAUGGUUGCAACAGAUCUGUCACGUGUUGGCUUCAUGUUUCCCCACGUUUAGCCCCUUCCUGCUGCUCCUUAGGGAUCCUAGGUUUCCUAGAUUCUGCUCUUGACUUCUUAGAAAUUAAAUUUGAAAUGAAGAAUAUAUAGAAGACAGCUUUGCUAAUAACCAGAAUUACUCUAUUCUGUAACUGUUUACUCAGUGCCAUUUUUGAGAUAUGAUUAGCAUGUAAUGUUCUACUGGUUUCAAUUGGCACAACAUAAUUAUUCUAUAUUUGUACAUAUUGUAAAGUAUCACCGCAGCAAGGGUGAGCUGCUGUAUUCAUACACAGAUAAAAAAUUAGUUUUCUUGUGAUGAGAUUUACUCUUUCAGCAAAUUUGAAAAGAUUACAAUACAGUAUCAUUAACUGCAGUUCCCAUAAUGCACCCUAUAUCCUUAUGACUUAUUGAACACUUAGAUAUUUACACCUGUUGAUGUUUGUAACCAGGCUUAAAUUGUUACAUAAAAUACACUGAACUUGGAAGGUCAAUUUAAUAACACUGCUGCAUUGGUGUAGCUGAAGUCAACCCAUCAAAUUAUUAGCUACAGAGAGUUUAAAAUAAUUGAGGAAGCCAGUUUGCCUCUUGAUCAAUACAACUGUCUGGAAGCAGUCUCCUUUCUUAAGAAAUACUUUGACUGUUUCUACACUUUUUAUCUCAGUGUGGCUCUGCUUAAUACCUGAAAUGCACUGGCAUGUAAUCCAAUAUCAGUCCUGGUAAAUGUAAUUCCAGGGAGGGUGGAGACGUCUCACAGAUGAAGAUAUGAAACAUGCAUAAAAGGAGGUGUUUUUCUACGUUACCUUGAAUCUUUAUUUAACUCAUGUUUUUCCAAAAAGCUAUAGAGAAAAAAGCGAUGAUGUUCAAUUGAUUGCUUGACUUUUAACCUGGAUGUUCUUUACAUGGUUGACCCUCAGUAACUGUAGUUGAUUACAUGGUUGAAGUGAUGUGAAAGGAGUCAAAAUUGCCCUCUUUAUAGUUGUCACAUUUGUCAUUCAGAAGUUUAGUUUUCAUCAUUGAAAAACAAAAAUGUAGUUUUUAGUUUUGCAUCUGUACUACCAAGCUUUUUCUCUCUUUGUUUUUCCUUCUGUCUUCUUUGGGACAGUCUGGUACAUUCAAUGUAGCAUUAAAAUUUUG